AUGGAUAGAAUAUUCUAUAAAUCAUCCAUUGUAGAUGAACCAAAGAAAGUCCCAGUGUAUAUAUUUGAUACAUCAUUCUUACCAUCACCAGAAAUUAUAAAUUAUGAUGAGUUCAUAUUGACUUUAAUGAAAUUAUUACCUAAUGAACCCUACACUUUGAUUAUGUUUGGAGGUGGCUUGAAUAAGAUAAGUUGGAUUUGGGGUUUGGAAUUCAUUAAGAAGUUCCUCAUAGAUGAUGCCAAUUUAAACAACCUUAAUAAAAUCUUAAUGGUUCAUGAAUCUUGGUUUAUUAAGACAUUGACAUCAAUUUUGAAUAAUUAUAAUUUAACCAAAAAGAACUUAAGUUUCUUGAAUAAGAUGAUUGAGAAUUUUACUAUGGAUAAUAAUAUGAAUCUAGAAAAGUUUGGUUCUUUCGAUAAUGGUUUAGUCAUCAAUUGUAAAGACUUAUUCGAGUUGAAUCAAUAUUUCGAUAUAACCAAAUUGAAGAUUUCUUUGAAUGUUUAUAAACACGAUUACAGUUUGAAUAAUUGUGAUAAUUUAAAAGACUUCAAAAACCUCAAUUUCAAUAUCAAUAAGUUCAAUCCUGUUAAAGUGAAUGAAAUUUUCAAAUAUCAUUUCUAUCAAAUAUUUGAUAUUAUUUAUAAUUUCGGUGACAAAGUUGAAUUAAUAUUCCAUAAACCUGGGAAUAAGGUAAGUAGCGAGAUUUUUGUAAGUUGUAUCAAGAGAGAUCAGUUACUAUGGAUCAAUGAUUGGGAUUUAUAUUGCAUAGCAACUAGUUUCAAGAAAUUGGUGGUUGAAUUACCUGUUUUAUUACCCAUCAAAUCUAUUCAUUUACCCGUCACAGAUAAAUCAUUGAUUAAGAAUUUCCGAGAAAUCCUCAAAUCUUUGAAUAAAGAUUUAUCUUUAGUAUUGGUGAAAAUCUUUGAGUUAUUCAAUAAGUUAAUUUCUAAUCCAAAAACAAAAUUGACUUCUCAAAUCUUGGCCAAAAAUUUCGUUUCUGUAUUAACCCAUGAAACCUUUCUGAAAUCCAAUGAACCCAAUUUAAUUAUUGGAAUCAACUUCAUCAAGAAAGUCAUCGAUACUUGGGAUCAAUUGGAUAUCACAUCCAAGGAUCAUUUGAAGUGGAUUAAUAACGAAAACGAGAUUGUACACGAAAACGAAAACGACAAUCCAUUUUAUGAAACCUCAGAUAAAGAAAAUAAAGAAAAUUUCCCUAUCGAAACUUCGAAUAAUUACAUUGAUUAUGACUUAGUUGAAGAAAGUCCCAAGAAAGCAUUACACAAAAAUGACGUAAUUUUGAACUCUCAUGAUUACAGUCCUAAAAAAACUAGUCCUAUGAAAACUAGUCCUGUCAAAUCUGUACCACAUUUACCCAGUAUCACAAAUUUCCAAACGGUGAAUUCCCCUGUUUUGCAACCAAUAAGAUCUCAUCCUAAACUAAAUACUAACGUAUCCCCCUUGAAACCAUCAACGAAACAAUCUCCGACAGAAAACACCCCCACCAAAUUACUACUUACCAAGUCAUCUCCCAAGCCAUCACCAACUAAAAUAUCUGUACAAUAUCCUCCGCAAAAAUAUUCUUUUGAACAUAAAAGAUCUGAUAGUAGAAAGGAAUCAAAUAUUAAUGUCACUCAGCAAAAUACCAAUUUCAAACCUGUCAUUAGAGGUAUUAAAGUAGGAGAGUUGGCUAAAUUAUAUGAAGAAAGAGCUCAAGGUUUAGAGUUGUUAAGAAGUUUAUGA